CUCAAAACGAGCCUUCCAAGCAGGCAGGCCCGAAGUGAACUCCGACCUCUCGACUCUCGAGCACGAAUGCCGAAGACCAUUGCUGCUCCAUGGCGCCGAUAUCCCGCCUCCGCCGCCGCUCCUCCUCCUCCCCUGCCUCGCCGAUGUCCGGCCUCCGCAUCCCUCGCCGUCAAUCCUCCUCCUCAACGACGCCAAUGUCAGGACGCCGCCUCUUCUCCUCCUCCUCCACGCCAAUGCCUCGCCUUCAGCUCCUCCCCCGCCGCUCUUCUUCCUCCACUUCGCCGACCUCCCGCUGCUGGGAUCCCCAGGUUGCUUUUGUCGCGGCCAUAGCGCGCGUCCGCGCCGGCACGUUCAGCACGGACGAUGCACACCACCUGUUCGACGAAUUGCUCCGGCAGGGCACUCCGGUCCACAAUCCCGCCCUCAACGGCUUCCUCGCCGCCCUUGCCCGUGCGCCGGACUCAGUCUCGUGCAGCAACGGCCCCGCCCUCGUCCUCGCCCUCUUCAACCGUAUAUGCCGAGAAGAAGCCGGCCCGCGGGUCGCGCCUCUCUCAGUCCACACCUACGGUAUCCUCAUGGACUGCUGCUGCCGAGCGCGUCGCCCGGACCUAGGGCCUGCCUUCUUCGCACGCCUCCUGAGGGCAGGCCUGAGAACACGGACGAUAGAGGCCAACACCUUCCUCAAGUGCCUCUGCCACGCAAAACGGACAGAUGAGGCGGUCGACGUGCUGCUUCAUAGGAUGUCUGAUCUCGGUUGCGUUCCUAAUGCCAUCUCGUACAACACAGUUAUUAAGAGCUUAUGUGGUGAUAGCAGGAGCCAGGAGGCGCUCGACAUGGUACAGAGAAUGGCAAAAGAAGGAGGUCGCUGCUCCCCUGACGUGGUGUCAUUUAACACGGUCAUCCACGGCUUCUUUAAACAAGGUGAAGUAAGCAAGGCAUGCAAUCUUAUCAAUGAAAUGGUGCAGAAAGGGGUGGAGCCUGAUGUGGUGACAUACAACUCGAUCGUAGAUGCGCUGUGCAAGGCCAGAGCAAUGGACAAGGCUGAGUUGGUCCUUCGGCAGAUGGUUGAUAAAGGUGUUGAACCGGAUGGUCUGACAUAUACUGCCAUCAUCCAUGGAUAUUCCUGUUCGGGCCACUGGAAAGAGUCAGCUAAAAUGUUCAGAAAAAUGACAAGCAAGGGACUCAUACCAGGUAUUGUAACUUUCAACUCGUUCAUGUCCUCCCUUUGUAAGCAUGGAAGAAGCAAAGAUGCUGAAGAAAUUUUUCAAUACAUGACCACCAAGGGCCACAUGCCAGAUCUCGUCUCAUACUCUAUUCUGCUUCACGGGUAUGCCACUGAAGGAAGAUUUGCUGAUAUGAAUAAUCUUUUCCAUUCAAUGGCAGACAAGGGUAUUGUAGCCAACUGUCAUUGUUUCAACAUAUUAAUUAGUGCACAUGCUAAACGUGGAAUGAUGGAUGAAGCUAUGCUCGUAUUUACUGAAAUGCAGGGACAAGGAGUGAGGCCAGAUGUAGUCACCUAUUCAACUUUAAUCUCUGCAUUUUGUAGAAUGGGUAGGCUGGCUGAUGCUAUGGAAAAAUUCAGUCAGAUGAUUUCUAUUGGACUAGAACCAAACACAGUUGUUUAUCACUCCCUAAUUCAUGGUUUUUGUAUGCAUGGAGAUUUGGUAAAAGCGAAGGAAUUGGUUUCUGAAAUGAUGAGCAAAGGUGACAGGCCUACUAUUGUUACAUUCAAUUCACUGAUUGACGGAUAUUGCUUAGUGGGCAAGAUGGAAAAAGCAUUCGGAGUACUAGAUGCCAUGGUAUCAGUUGGCAUUGAGCCUGAUGUUGUUACAUAUAACACACUUGUUAGUGGCUAUUGUAAAAGUGGAAAGAUCGAUGAUGGGUUGAUUCUAUUCAGAGAAAUGUUGCAUAAGAAAGUCAAACCUACAACCGUGACAUAUAGCAUCGUACUGGAUGGGUUAUUCCAUGCUGGGAGAACUUCUGCUGCGAAGAAAAUGUUCCAUGAGAUGAUCGAUAGUGGAACAGCCGUGGACAUUGACACAUACAAGAUACUUCUUAAAGGACUCUGUAGAAAUGAUUUGACCGACGAAGCAAUCACCCUGUUUCACAAACUGGGUGCAAUGGAUUGCAAAUUCGAUAUUACAAUACUAAAUACAGUGAUUAACGCAUUGUACAAGGUUAGAAGAAGAGAAGAAGCUAACGACUUGUUUGCUGCAAUAUCAACCAGUGGGUUGGUACCAAAUGUGUCUACUUACGGAGUAAUGAUACAUAAUCUUCUAAAAGAAGGAUCAGUGGAAGAAGCGGACACCAUGUUUUCAUCAAUGGAGAAGAGUGGUUGCGCUCCCAGCUCUCGUCUUCUAAAUGAUAUCAUCAGAAUGUUAUUGCAAAAAGGUGAUAUAGUCAAAGCCGGAUAUUACAUGUCUAAAGUCGAUGGCACUAUCAUCUCACUUGAAGCGUCAACUACUUCGUUGUUGAUGUCUCUCUUUUCAAGUAAAGGAAAACAUCGGGAACAAAUAAAAUUUCUCCCUGCAAAGUACCAAUUUUUUUAUGGGGCCAGUUGAUGCACUCGAGUCAGCGGUUAAGCCUAGGUGUGGUUUGGAGCUCCCUCUCAACAGCACUCACCAAGAUCGAGUUUGCUGAUGGUGCCACCACGGUUAUUUGGUCCAAUGUGUGGCUGCUGGGGAUCCAUCCUAUGGACAUCUCUCCUAAUCAGCAUGCCAUGUAUGAGCACAAGGAAUAUCUGGUGAGCCUAGUAAACUGGUCCAAAUGGAGGAAGCGAUAAAGCACUAAGCUGAUAUUUGGUUCAUAAAUGUUACUGAUCUCCAAAUGAUUGCUCUUCUCAAUGUACUGCUAGUUAUAAACUGAUCCAUAUGGAGGAAGCUAUAAAUGAGUCUCAAUUGAUUGGAUGCAAUCUAAAUAAGCUAUUUUGUAUAUAAUUGAAUAUUAGCAAAAUUCUGGUAGCUUAGGGCCUUAGGCUUGCCAGGCAGUGUGGUAGACUGGUUUUAAGUUAUUUUUUGUAAGUCUAAUUGAGUGCCACACUUAGGUCAGUUGUCACCAUUAACAUAUCAGCUUGCAUGUCAAAUGUGUCUACUUACGGAGUAAUGAUACAAAACGUUCUAAAAGAAGGAUCAGUGGAAGAAGCGGACGCCAUGUUUUCAUCAAUGGAGAAGAGUGGUUGCGCUCCCAGCUCUCGUCUUCUGAAUGAUAUCAUCAGAAUGUUAUUGCAAAAAGGUGAGAUAGUCAAGGCCGGAUAUUACUUGUCUAAAGUAGAUGGCACUGUCAUCUCACUUGAAGCUUCAACUACUUCGUUGUUGAUGUCUCUCUUUUCAAGUAAAGGGAAACAUCGGGAACAAAUAAAAAUAAAAAAAAUUCCCUGCAAAGUACCAAUUUUUUUAUGGGCCCAGCUGAUGGACUAGACUCAACAGUUGAUCUUGGGCGUGUUUUGGAGCUCCCUCUCAAGGAUAUGGGUUUGAUACCAUCAGGAGCUGUACUGAGUAUCACUAAAUUGGGAGGUACAGAGAUUAGCAGGUGGUAAAAGAAACAAGGCAUAUAAGCUGCUGAUGGAGAAGAAUUCAUUUUUUUUAAACAAUGCAGGCAUGUUUUGAUGAUCUGGCAAAGCUCUUUAUUUAUAUGUCCAAACUCAAUCCGA